GCUCAUAGUGUCCCGCUCCUGUCCGGUCUUACCCAAGGGACACGCGCCUUUACCAACGCCAAAACUCUGACCAAGAGCCAGCAACUUUUGUGCAUAUAGACAUUUAUUUGUUCUUUAACUCACAUUAAGGGUCUAUUAUUGGAUAUUUAGAGCGAUAGUAAUGGUAGAUUGGUAGUUAAACUUGGGCAAAAGUGUAAGCUUAUUGAAGACAGCGAGUAGCGCGCGCGCGAGCAUCUACAGGUGUUUGAGGAGCACAGACACGCGCCAGGCGCGAGCACAGACACGCGACCCCCGACCCGUAAAACAGCGUCGCAGAGAAAAAAGAGAGUGAGAGAGGGGUGAGAGAGGGAGGGAGAGAGAGAGAUAGAGAGCAAUAGAGAGAGUGUGCGAGAGACGCGGCCGUCCCAAGAAUGAUGUCCUACAUAAAGCAGCCCCAUUAUGCUGUGAACGGGUUAACACUGUCCGCCUCAGGAAUGGACCUGCUCCACACCGCCGUCGGCUACCCAGCCACUCCGAGGAAGCAGCGUCGAGAGCGCACCACCUUCACUCGCACCCAGCUGGACAUUCUGGAAGCUUUGUUCACCAAAACACGCUAUCCAGACAUAUUUAUGAGAGAAGAGGUAGCUCUGAAAAUCAACCUUCCCGAGUCCAGAGUUCAGGUGUGGUUUAAGAACCGCCGUGCUAAAUGCCGCCAGCAGCAGCAGCAGACCAGCGGUCAGCCCAAGCCCCGUCCCCCCAAAAAGAAGUCCUCCCCUCCCCCUGAUCUGACCUCUGACCCUGGCACUAGCUCCUCGGUGGUGGCUGCCCCGACCCCGACCGUGCCCCCUAGUGUGAGCGCAGGCACAGCACCAGUUUCUGUAUGGAGUCCCACUUCUCUUUCCCCCCUCCCUGAUCCACUGUGUGGUUCAGGCACCCCCUGCGUGCAGCGUCCUGCUCCAUAUCCCAUGAGCUACGGUCAGCCCUCUUCCUACAGCCAGGGCUAUGGCUCCUCUCCUUACUUCAGCGGAUUGGAUUGCAGCCCGUACCUUUCUCCCAUGACCACCCAGCUGUCAGCAAGUGGAGGCGCCCUCUCCCCCCUCACCGUGCCCUCCAUGGGCGGCUCGCUCAGCCAGUCGCCCUCUCUCUCCUCCCAGGGAUACAGCACUGCAUCGUUGGGCUUCAGUUCGGUAGACUGCCUUGACUACAAGGACCAGCAGGCCUGGAAGCUCAACUUCAGCACUGUGGACUGCCUCGACCACAAAUUCCAGGUGCUGUAGAAGAGAAAGUGAGAGAGAGAGAGUGAAGCGCAAGAGGGAAGGAAAGAUGCGUGAAGAAGAAAUGAUGCAGAACUAUUGCCGGAGACAUUGUGAUGAUGAACAGGACUGAAUCAGCGUGAUUCAUGUGAUCUCAGAGGUGAAAAAAGGAGCACCCAUUUUGGAACAGGUGAAGACUGUUCCUCUGUAAUCCAGAUCUGCUCUGUGAUUGGCUGAGAUUGAAGGGACUCCUCAAGUCUACUGAUCAGUCAUCGUUAUUAACCAUUUACCUCACACAUUCACACACCAUUGACUACCUUUCACAAUGCAUACACACAAACACACAUUGGUAUUAAUGGUUUAUAAGGACAUGCCAUUGGCAUUAUGUAUUUUAUACAGUUAAAACCAUUUUUAUAUGAGCCCACCCCUAAAUCUGACCCUUACAGGAAAUCUGUGGCACAUUUGAAAUGUCAAUUUAAGCAUUUUGAAUUACAAGGACAUAAGGAAUGUCCUCAUAAACCACAGCAAUGUUGUAAUUCCUAGGUCAUACCCAUGUCAUUAUACAUUUCUGUCCUUGUAAACCACACAAACCAGUACACACAGAAACAAAGACAUGCACAUAACUGGAGGGGAAUCUGUGUUUGUUUGUUUGUUUGUUUUUUGCAGACACAGUUAGCUUAUUGUUGGACAAAGUUGUUAUUUCUACUUUUUUCAUGAGUUUGGUUUGGUUUGUCUGUACUGGGAGACAUUAGGAGUUCUUGUGUCGUGCUUUUAGCUUGCUGUUAUUUAUGUAUUGUUAAAAUGAUGUUAACUUAUAACAAAUAAUGUUGUUUUCUGUUAGUUUGAGUUAAUCGUUACUAAUUAAACUUCAUUUAAUGGCAUCGUAUGCAUGCUGUCGACAUAUGUUUUCUAUUUGGGUGACCUUGUGUUGAAAAAUGUUGGUGUUUACAAAUGUCAUUAUGUUGCUUUGACUGAACACGUACAGAGGGGAGCUGAAGGUUUUCAUUUUUAAUUAGUAUUACUAUUCCAUUAAUUGUGGCUUUGUUUAACAACGUCUGUCUAACAAGAGUUGUCUGACUCGCUUCUUGUUGAUUAUGCAAGAUAAAGUAUCAAUGUAAUUAAUAAAAAACAUGGCUGGAAA